CAACGGGGCCGCGCACGCCGCGGCGUUAUGACGCAGGCUGCAGGGAGGGGGGGCCUGUGAUGGCGGCGAGGCCGCGGAUUUCGGUGCCGGUUUUUGUGCACGGACUGAGCGCGAGCGCGGAGCCUGCCGCCAAUACCUAUCGCUGGCAGUGAAAUCUUCAUGGGGGUCGCUGAGGGGAAGGGGAGGCGGGGAAAAAAAAUCAUCCCAAGUUUGCGGUUUCUUUCGUACUAAGCACUGAUUCUGUCCAACAACAGGAUUGCUAGUGUGUCCACCAAAUCUACUCUACCUCAAAGUUAGUCAUGUACUGUGACACAACUUGUAUCAACGGAAAUGCUGCAGCUUACAAAAAUAAAUCAUCUGGAAUGGAAGUGUGAUAUGAUUGUAUGGAAUGACCCCGAGCUAUUUCAAAGUGGAAUAUUUUGAAGUCGAGUCUAUUAGGGUUUUCCAGCUUUCAACAUUAGCAUAUAAAUCGUUCACCAUUUGUCAUUUUAACAACAAAUUACAAGUCUCAAGAUAGAGUUUUCAAACUGGGUGAAGAUAUUCAUUAAUGGAAUGCAAUCAUGUCCAAUAAGGAAGACAAGCAGAUCAAUACUGAAUAUGCUGUAUCUUUGUUGGAGCAGCUUAAAUGUUUCUAUGACCAGCAGCUGUUGACUGAUAUAGUUUUAAUUGCAGAGAGCACUGAAUUUCCGUGUCAUAAGAUGGUUCUUGCUACAUGUAGCUCCUAUUUCAGGGCUAUGUUUAUGAGUGGACUGAGUGAAAGCAAGCAAACACAUGUUCACUUGCAGAAUGUGGACGCACCCACACUUCAGAUAAUCAUUAGAUAUGCAUACACGGGUAACCUGGCAAUAAAUGACAGCACUGUGGAACAGCUCUAUGAGACAUCGUCUUUUCUGCAGGUGGAAACCGUAUCUCAACGUUGUCGAGAAUAUUUAAUAAAGAAAAUUAAUGCUGAGAACUGUGUCCGAUUACUGAGCUUUGCAGAUUUAUACAGCUGCGAAGAACUGAAAAUAUGUGCAAAGCGAAUGGUGGAGCACAAAUUUACUGCUGUUUACCAUCAAGAUGCUUUUUUGCAGCUCUCACAUGAUCUUUUGAUAGAUAUUCUCAGCAGUGACAAUUUAAAUGUGGAGAAGGAAGAGACAGUCCGUGAAGCUGCUAUGGUGUGGCUUGAAUAUGACACUGAAUCACGAUCCCAAUAUCUAUCUUCAGUCCUUGGCCAAAUAAGAAUUGAUGCACUUUCUGAGGUAACACAGAGGGCAUGGUUCCAAGGCUUACCACCUAAUGAUAAGUCUGUAGUGGUGCAAGGAUUGUAUAAAUCUAUGCCAAAAUUUUUCAAACCUAGACUUGGUAUGACUAAAGAAGAGAUGCUGAUAUUCACUGAAGCCUCUAGUGAAAGUCCUCGUUCUUCCUUUUGUGCUGUUUGCUACAGCCCUCAGGCAGAGAAGGUGUAUAAACUCCGUAAUCCUCCUGGAGAUUUGCAAAGAGUAGGAACACUUGUUACUCCUGACAAUGACAUUUACAUUGCAGGUGGACAAGUCCCUUUAAAAGCGCCAAUCAGCAACAAUAGCAAGGCAAGCAAACUUCAGGCUGCUUAUAGACCUGUGAAUUGUUUCUACCUUUUUGAUGCUCAACAGAACAUAUGGGUUCCAAAGAGUCCAAUGUUGUGUGCUCGCAACCGACCUUCUUUGGUUUGCUGUGAAGGAUAUAUCUAUGCAAUUGGAGGGGACAGUGUUGGAGGGGAAAUGAACAAACGGACGGUGGAAAGGUAUAAUUGUGAAACAGAUGAAUGGACUUUAGUUACGCCCUUGCCUUGUGCUUGGCAGUGGAAUGCAGCAGUAGCAGUGGAAGACUACAUUUAUGUCAUGGCACACAAUCUAACAUUUUGCUACUGCCCACGUACUGACUCGUGGGUUGAAAUGGCUGCACGUCAAACGAGCAGGUGUUUUGCUUCAGCUGCAGCAUUUGGAGACAAAAUCUUCUACAUUGGUGGUUUGCAUAUUGGAAAUAACUCAGGCAUUCGAAUACCUUCAAGCACUGUUGAUGGUUCAUCUGUAACUGUCGAAGUUUAUGAUGUGAUGAAAAAUGAGUGGAAGGUAGCAACUAAUAUCCCUGCAAAGCGCUACUCUGACCCCUGUGUGAGAGCAGUAGUGGUCUUGAACUGUCUAUGUGUGUUCAUGAGAGACACUCACAUGAAUGAGAAACCCAAGUAUGCAAUCUAUCAGUACAACAUGGAACAUGACCAAUGGAUCCUGCGGCAGUCUAUUUCAGAGAGAGUCCUCUGGGACCUUGGCAAAGAUUUUCGGUGCACUAUGGGGAAACUUUACCCCUCGUGUCUGGAAGAAUCUCUGUGGAAACCUCCACCAUCUCUAUUCUCACAAGAUGGAGCAGAUGAAUUUGAAUUGGAUGGCGAUGUGGUUGCUUUGCCGUUGAAUAGUUAGUGAAAAAUGGGCACGUGCUGUGGAUUCCUAAGACAUGCAUAGAACAGCAAUAUGUACGUCACAAGCUUCCAGAUCAUGACAGGGUUUAGUCUAACAGAUUAAGCAGUAACUGUGUUCAGCACAGCAUGUCACUAAGUUUGCAUAGUAUUGUGUAAAUAACUGAGAAUCCAGUUGUGUUGUAUCAUCUACUCCUAGAUACCAUGUGUUCUGCUAAAGAGAUUAUUGUAUUAUUGUUACAAUGUGACUAAUUUACAAGAGAAACAUUGUUUUACUUACACAAUUAUCCCUGGAUUUGACCACAAAGGUAAGAAAUCAUAGGGAUCGUCCCAGUGAAAAAGUAGACUGAGCAAGGUGGCUGACUGCAGGUUCAGUCAAAGGUUGUAUCUAUUCAAUCCGUGUUCUCUAAUUUCCAUAAAAUAUUCCCAUUUAUUCCAGGUUGCAGGUCUACCAAGCAGCUGGUAGUUUACCAGAUUAAUUAGUGGGUGGCUGUUCAGUGACUGACAGCUGCUUGUAGUGCGGGUCUGUGUGGAGCUUAAAUCACUUCAUGUUCCUCCACAUUGCAAGUAACAUAGGUUCAUCCAUAUUACAACUUCCUGCUGCUGAAUUUUCAUUUGUAAAACAAGUUUUAGUGAGUAACAACCAGGUCUUUAUUUUGUAUUUCAUUAAUUUAAGGCAACUGUUACUGUAGUGUGAUUGUGUACAAGUAUCCUAGUCAUUAGGUUUUAAUACAGUUGGUUUGACUGAAAUGUUUCAAGAAUGAACUGUAUCCUGCGUGCAGGAGAGCAGAACUGACCCAGCACUGCUCUGGCAUAACUCCCAGGAACCACUAGCAGUUGUUGGGCUCUCCAUUCUAACAUGAGCACAGGUGCUUCAUGUAAUCCCUACUCGCAUGUUCAGCUGCAUUGUGUUCCUCUGGCACUGUAUUUUGAAUUAAAUUAAUUUAUUAAAAACCUUCACAAGUAAA